UGGAAGGAGCUGAAGAUGGUGAAACAAGAGACAGAGUUGUUGUCCCCUCUGAUCACUGAGAGGAGCCUCACUAUUUCAGAUCAGAGCUUUUUGAGUGCUCCAAGGUCAAGGCUGAAAACGAAAGGAAGGGGUGACGGCGUGAAGAAGAGACGGAGAGGGGUGAAAGGAGGACAAAGGACCUGUCUGAGAGGAAGAAGAGCUGGAAAGAAAGAAGGAAUAAGAAAAGAGGGAAGGAUGUCGGAGAGGAUAGCUUCGUGUGGAAGCCUGUAUGACAGCACCAACCUGCUGCUACAGUACUGCAACAACGAUGACACGGUGUCGGCCAGCAGUAACAUGGACAUGGAGGACCGGGUUUCCCACCUGGAGCAGAAGCUGCAGCUGCAGGAGGAUGAGAUCCAGCUGCUGAAAGCAGCACUUGCUGAUGCCUUGCGCCGUCUGGGCUACUGCGAGGAGCAGAGCCUGGGGAUGCAACCAGGAGGCGUCCAUGCUGCUGGUAGGAGACCUCUGGCCACCACAGCUUCUGCACCACCUACCAAGGUGCGUCAGCUCCUGCAGGCUCUUCCCUCCAGACAUCUGAGUAACGGCUACGUUCAACAGAAACGCCUCCUCUCCUCCCCUUCCUCUCCUAAGAAGGAGGUGCUACAGUCCAUUAAGAGGAAGAGUAUGUCCACAGAGCGUCUCACCCUGGUGAGGAGAGAGAUGGGAGCAGAGAGUCGGAGUCGAACCACCUCCUCCAGCUCCUCCGGAGGCAAAAGCAAAUCCAAAGAAUGCUCCUUCAAUGCAGAGGACGGCUAUGUGAGGAUGUUCCUCCGAGGUCGUCCUGUCACCAUGCAUGUCCCUGAUCAGCAGAGGGAGAGCUACAGCCUUGACCACAAGGUGGCGCUACCUGACCGCAAGCUCAAGCUGCAGUGGGUGUAUGGCUACCGCGGACGUGACUGCCGCUCCAACCUCUACCUGCUGCCCACAGGGGAGAUCGUCUACUUCAAUGCCUCUGUGGUGGUGCUGUACAACACCGAGGAACAGCAGCAGAGACACUACCUGGGCCACAACGACGAUGUCAAAUGCCUGAGUGUGCAUCCUGACAGGGUUACCAUAGCAACGGGGCAAAUGGCUGGAAACUCUAAAGAUGGAAAGCUGCUAGCUCCUCAUGUUCGUGUUUGGGACUCUGUGAGUCUCAACACGCUCCAUGUGAUCGGGAUGGGAGUGUUCGACAGAGCAGUCACCUGUGUGGCUUUCUCCAAGUCGAACGGCGGCGCCUUCCUCUGCGCUGUGGACGAUGCCAACGAUCACAUCCUGUCGGUCUGGAACUGGCAGAAAGAGAAGCAACUGGCUGACGUCAAGUGCUCCAAUGACUCUGUGUUGGCUGCUGUGUUUCAUCCCAUGGAUGCCAACCUGAUUGUCACCUGUGGAAAAUCUCACAUCAACUUCUGGACUAUGGAGGGCAACACUCUCAGCAAGAGACAGGGCCUGUUCGAGAAACACGAGAAGCCAAAGUAUGUGUUGUGUGUGGCGUUUGCUGAGAAUGGAGACGCCAUCACAGGAGACUCCAGUGGAAACAUCUACGUCUGGGCCAAAGGUGGUAACCGCAUCAGCCAGCAGGUGUCAGGGGCCCACGAGGGCGGGAUUUUCUCUCUUUGUGUCCUAAAGGACGGCACCGCGGUGUCUGGAGGAGGGAAGGACCGCAAGGUGGUGCUGUGGGACCACGACUACAGAAAACAGGCUGAGAUGGAGGUGGGUGAGUCGUUCGGUCCUGUUCGGGCUCUGGCUGAAGGUAAACCCGGAGAGCUCUUCAUAGGAACCACCAAGAACGCCGUCAUCAGAGCUGCCUUCCCUGAUACAUUAACUCCUAUUGUACAGGGUCACACAGAUGAGCUGUGGGGUCUGGACGUCCAUCCCUCAAUGGAGCAGUUUGUCACCUGCUCCCAGGACAGACAGGUUCACCUCUGGGACACCAACUCCCAUCAGCCCCUCUGGAGCAAGACCAUCGAGGAUCCAGGGAGGUCUGCAGGUUUCCAUCCCAGCGGGGCUGUUCUGGCUGUGGGGACCAUGACUGGAAGGUGGUUGGUGCUGGACACUGACACCCGGGAUCUUGUUUCUAUGCACACAGACGGCAAUGAGAUCAUUUCCAACAUCAAGUACUCUCCAGACGGUAACUUCCUGGCCGUUGCUUCCCAUGACAACUUUGUUUACAUCUAUGCUGUGACGGAGAAUGGCCGAAAGUACAGCCGUGUGGGGAAAUGCACUGGCCACUCCAGCUUCGUCACCCAUCUGGACUGGUCAGUAGACAGCCAGUACCUCGUCACCAACUCAGGAGACUACGAGAUCCUCUUCUGGGAGGCAUCUGGUGGUAAACACGUGACUAACAUGGAUACAGUGCGCAACCUGGAGUGGGCCACUUCCACCUGCACUCUGGGCUUCAACACCUUUGGAAUUUGGCCAGAUGGAGCAGACGGCACAGACAUCAACGCCGUGUGCAGGUCACAUGAUGGAUCCCUGCUGGCCUCUGCCGAUGACUUUGGCAAAGUGCACUUGUUCUCCUUCCCCUGCUCUCAACCAAGGGCUCCGAGCCACGAGUACGGUGGCCACAGCAGUCACGUGACCAAUGUUGCCUUUCUGCACGACAACAGUCAACUGAUCUCCACUGGCGGGAAAGACACCAGCAUCCUGCAGUGGGUGGUGGCCUAGGAAAUGCUAUCCAUCCACAUCUCUAAUCCACAGGCGGGGACCAGCAUCCUCUCUGACCCCUGUCACCUCUUCACUGUUUUAUCCUCCUGCCACCAGGGGGCAGUAUCUCCUCUGUGCCUACUGGAAAGUAAAAAAUACAAAAAAAAACACACACAACUUGACCGACCCACAGAUGUCACACCGGAUGAGAUAAUGAGUAUCAUUGUAAUAAAUGGAAUAUUAUUCAGUGUCCUGCUGUUUGUAAUAGAAUGUAGAGAAAAUGACUUGCUGCCAUGCAGGAAGUGAAUCCUAACUGUUCCCAAAAAAAUUAACUACUGCAACACAGUAAACCUAUGAUUUUAUCAUUAGUACUAACUGUGCCUAAACUGUAUUUAUCUUGACCCCCUUUAAUGGGAAUACCACCUAUUUAAAGGGACAAGUGUAUUUGCUGGUUUUAGCACCUUAAUUACAAAUCAUGUAUACUUUACAUUUUUGUUGACCAUUUUUGAAUGAAUGCUACACACAUUUAGGGUUAUAGUUAUAUUUUGAGGUUUAAUAUUAAGGUAUUUUCCCUACCGUUCCAAGCAGUUAUUGGUUUCCAUUCAUUUCCAUAAAGUAUGAAUAUCAAUUAGCAGACUUUUGAAACGUGUUUCAGCUGAAUGUGUUAAUGCAGUACAGACUUUUCAAAUCAGUCUACAUUAAAACAGCAUCACCACCCAACGAGAAUGUAAGAUUGACACAAAAUAAUGCAGAAUCGAUGCUCACUGUAAUUGAUUACUCAACUAAAAUAUUUCCUUAUAGAUUUUCAUAUCAUACUGAAUGCAUGGAAACCAAUGUAUUCUUGAAAAUGAACAAAAAAUACACUUCUAAUCUAUAAAACAGCAGCUUGGUUUGCAAAAUGGUGGGCUGUGAUGUAAAGUAUACAUGAUUUGAAAUAACAGGGUUAACACAUGCAAAAUCACAUGGCCCUUUUAAGAACUUAUGUAAUUUCUGCACCCCAGGUGAGCGUAUAAGAUUCCUGCACCGCUCUUUCCUGAGGCCAGAAAUUACAAAGAUAAGCCUUGAAACUUGUGACGAGCUUUUGCAGGGAUGUAGUAACACAAAAUGUGAUAUUCUAAAGUCAAUGUUCAUGUCCUUUAGCGUCUAGCUUUAAGAAAGACUGAUGCAUGCUUGGAAGAACUAACUGACCUGUCCUGGGGCAAAAGGAGAUUGUAGUAGAAUUCCUAAAAUGAGUGGUAUUCACCUUUUUUUUUAAUUCUUACUAUAACCCCAUUGCCUUGUUAUCUUACACUUUUACAUCCCUCUGCCUGAUUUCCAAACUACAGGUACUGUGGCGCAGCUUGUUUGUGAGUAUUACAGAUUGCUGUUGGAGAUUGUAAACAGUACAAAGUGGCUGUUUUGUCCCGAGCCUCUCAUUUCGCCACCUCCCGUCUGGGCUGCUGUGUUUCUGAUUGUACUACUGCUGUAACUGUGCUGAGAAGGCACUAGAUGGCGCUACAAUGCAAGUAAAUGAGCAUGAACGAGGCUGCCCUCCUCCUGUAGAUGCUGUUAACGUGGCAAAGGUCUAUAGAGUAAAUAUAUGUAUUAUGCAGUAUAUCCGAGUGGCUGUGUUAUUUUAAUAUUUAACUGUAACAAUGAUGGAUGCUAUUAUUAUUCUUGUGGCACUUUUAGCGAUCGACAGAAGAGUAAUGUAGGCUGUUGUGCUGUGGAAGUGAGCUUGAGCUGUGCUUUGCCUUCUGUUUUGUUAAUAAAGUUUUUACCCAAGUACUA